AUGGCUUCAAGACAAGUUGUUCAGCAACAAAACAGAGUUGAGGGAGUUGCUGGAGGUGUUAAAGAGAAGAAGAUGGCAGCAGAAGGAAAGAAUCGUCGUGCACUUGGAGACAUUGGAAAUAUGGUGACUGUCCGUCCUGUUGAAGGCAAACCACUUCCUCAGAUCUCCAGACCUGUUACAAGGAGUUUCUGUGCACAAUUGUUAGCCAAUGCACAGGCGGCGGCAGCAGCUGAAAACCAGAAGAAAUGUGUGGCAGUUAAUGUGGAAGGAGGGGCCCCUGUUGCUGAUGGAGUCUUGCCACAGGGUGGUAGAGCUAAGAAGCCAAAUCAGAAGAAAGCUGUUGCCAAACCUAAGCCUGAAGCUGUAAUUGAAAUCAGUUCAUCUUCUGAGGAAGUUAAGAAGGAAAAGAACAAGAAAAAGACUGGUGAAGCGGCCUCAAAGAAGACAGCCUCAACUCUAUCUUCAACCCUUACUGCUAGAAGCAAGGCUGCCUGUGGCUUGAGUAGAAAACAGAAGGAAAUUACAGUGGAUAUUGAUGCUGCUGAUGUGAAUAACGAGUUGGCAGUUGUUGAAUAUGUUGAAGAUAUUUACAAAUUCUACAAGCUUGCUGAGAAUGAGAGCAGAAUUGGUGAUUACAUGCAUUCACAACCUGAGAUAAAUGAAAAAAUGAGGGCAAUUCUGAUUGAUUGGCUGAUUGAAGUGCACCAUAAGUUUGAGCUUAAUCCAGAGACUCUGUACCUCACAAUCAACAUAGUUGACAGGUACCUUGCUGUCCAGACAAUUCUGAGGAAGGAACUCCAAUUAGUUGGUAUGAGUGCCAUGCUUAUAGCUUCCAAGUAUGAGGAAAUCUGGGCUCCUGAGGUGAAUGACUUUGUGUGCAUGUCAGAUAGAGCUUACACUCAUGAGCAGGUGUUGGUUAUGGAAAAACGCAUUCUUGGUGCACUGGAAUGGUAUCUAACAGUCCCAACACCAUACGUGUUCCUCGUACGGUUUGUCAAGGCCUCAAUUCCUGAUUCUAAUAUGGAGAAUAUGGUCUACUUCUUAGCAGAGCUAGCACUGAUGAAUUAUGCAACCAUUAUCUACUGUCCAUCUAUGAUUGCUGCCUCAGCAGUCUAUGCUGCAAGAUGCACCUUGAAUAAAAGCCCUCUUUGGGACGAGACUCUGAAGUUCCAUACUGGAUUCUCUGAGACACAAAUAUUAGACUGCGCUAAGCUACUGGUUAGCUACCAUUCUGUGGCUGCAGAACAUAGGCUGAAGGUGAUCUACAGAAAAUACUCAAACACUGAACGAGGAGCUGUUGCUUUGUUACCUCCUGCCAAGUCUCUUUUGGCUGCAGCAUGAUAUGUUCUAUUUAGUUUGCAACUGUCAUUUGUUGAAUUUUUUUCACAUCUGAAAGUAUAGAUCAGAGAGCAGUGGAUGUUAGAGAUUGAUUUUUUAUCCAAUUUCAUUUGAUCAGAGCAGCAGAUAUGUUUACCUUUUGGCUGCGCUUCAGGAUUAUGACAUUUCACUGAUGUUAAUAGUUUCAUUUAAUAUCAAGAAAAUUUCACUUUCAAAUGCGCAUGGCGAAGGACUGAGGUUAUUGCAAAAUUGCAU